CUUGUUACUUGUAGAGAAUCUUUGAUCGUGCUACGUAAGAUCUGAAAAAGGGAUUUCCAUCUAGUUCCUGCUGCAACAUUGUAGCUAGCUAUCACUACAGUCACAGCCAAAUUCGGAUAUUUAGGUACCAAAGUAAACACGAGAGAAAAGGGAGAUAUGCAUGAGGUAUAAUAGAGAGAGUAAAAUCAGGAGCUCCUUAGAAAGUCUCUGAAAGGCGGGGAAUACAAAGCUGCAAGCCGUCAACACAGACUUCUGGAUGCAUCAAAUUUGCCAAAUAUUUCCCAGACAAUCAUCGCUGAUAGGAUUACACUUUCUUGAGGACAACGACCAAUUAAUCGGGCAGUACAUGGAUUAUCUGUGUUUUCGGACGCUGUGCUGUAAAGGACCUCCCCCACCUCGACCUGAGUAUGACGUGGUGUGCAUCGGCCUGACCGGCUCAGGAAAGACCAGUCUCCUCUCCAGACUCUGCAACGAAGCCACUGAUAACAUUAUCCCCACCACAGGGUUUAGCAUCAAAGCCGUGCCAUUUCAGAACGCCAUAUUAAAUGUGAAGGAACUUGGAGGAGCGGACUCCAUCAAGAAGUACUGGAGCCGGUACUACCAGGGCUCGCAGGGGGUGGUGUUUGUACUGGACAGUGCCUCGUCGGAAGAAGACCUGGAGGUGGCCCGCACCGAGCUGCACUCGGCCCUGCAGCACCCGCAGCUCUGCACGCUGCCCUUCCUCAUCCUGGCCAACCACCAGGACAAGCCGGCCGCUCGCUCCGUACAGGAGAUUAAGAAGUAUUUUGAGCUGGAACCUCUAGCGCGAGGGAAGAGCUGGGUGUUGGAGGGCAGCACGGUGGACAACAUGGACACUGUGAAAGACAGCUUUCAGCAGCUCAUCUUCCUCCUAGAAGACAAGGACCAGGAAACAGGCAGGAUAUGAGCCCUCCAAAAACCUACAAAUCCCAGAAGCCAUCACACAUGUAUACUAAAUACAUAACUACAGAUCUCCAAGGAAUCCAUAGGCCAAGCAGGAAACAUUCUCUUUGGACCACCAUGUAAAGUAUGGAAAUGAUGAGGAGGCUGAAACACAUGAACUGUGAAAAAUAGACUUUGUAUCCAUAGAAUACCAACUUUAGAUGAGUAUAUGGACACAUAUCCACACAAGAAGACAGUAUCACAUUUGUGACCAAUGUGUUUUCUCCUCGUCUGAAGUUGUAUUGCCUAACUACAGUUAACAUUGAACACUUGAUUGCCAUUUCUAUCAUGGAAUAUGGUUGUACGCAUCCUCUCUUAAGACAGGUAGUUGCACAUUGCUACUGACUAGUUAAUGUUAACGCAUUGCUCGGUAUGUAGAACAACUGGAAAUCAUGUAAUGUUAUUCCCCCAAUGUUAGUAGGUCCCUAUGACAGUGUGGGUGAGAUGCUGGUUUGUACUAAAAAAAGCCUUAAAGUUUGUACAGAUUUAAAUGUGUAGAUGUGUCCCGCCUUCUAACCUGACUGAUAGUAACUGUUUAACUUCAUGUAGUAUCACUCCACGUGAGCCCACAGAUCACGUAAAGCCAAAAAAAAAAAGUUUGAUUCGCAAACAAAGGUAAGAUGGCAGGUUUAAAAAAAAAAAAAAAAACAAGCUGCUGUUUAGUUUUAAUAUGAUCGAAUCACAGUAAUUGUUUUAUCACUUGAUUUCAGCUCAUGGCUUUGCUUUCUUUUAUGUUCUUUUUCUUUGAAUAAAUUCUCAGGAUUUUCAUAUGAGCCCCUUAUUCUUUGAAAUCCUCAUAGAGAUCUUGUGCAUUUCAUAUCUGUUGCCAUAUCACCAUGCCACUUGACAAAACAACGGUUCGCCUUGCAUUCACACUGUUACUACGCCAAAGCAAGCAAUCUUUUUGCAUAUUGUGUAGUUUCGCUUGCGGAAGCAAUCAGUUUGCUGUAAUCUCUUACGUUUGCACAAUCACUAAUUAAAACCACAAGCUGUGUAUUCCAUUAGAACCAACAGGACGUAGUCAUUGCUAUACAGUAUUUGUCAACAUAGGGUAUAUUUACUCUAUAUAUUGGGCAUUGCCAUCACCUCUGAAUGUAAAAAUAUUCUCCUCUAAAUGUCAGUUCACCAAAAAGUCUGUUGUGCCUGUUGUUUUUUCCGAUCUUUCCUUAUCUCUCUCUUUGCCCAUAGCAUCUGUACUCAAUGAGUGUCCAAAUGAAACAUGUGCCACAGAUCAAAAGGGGUUCCAUACAACACUAGUACCAGGACUGGAGGUCUUUUUAGAGCCACACUGGGUUCAUUUUACGUGUAUUUAUAUCUAUCAAACAUUUUAUACCCUCCUAGCCAAUUCAGCUGCCUUUUUGUAAUAAUAAAAAAAAAUGUUUGUACAUUUGUUACAGAUAGUCUUGUUGACCGAAAGGGCACGUGCCUGCCUUUGUACUGGAAGAACAGUCUGUGUUGUGUGGUUUGUCAGAUGUUGACGUUAAGUCGUUCACACAUUCAACUGUAUAUAUACUGUAUAUAAUUUAUGCUUAAUUUCCACUUGGCAACAUGGACAAUAAAGGCUGGACAAGCA